GGUACGUACCGACGUAGUAUGAUUUCAAGGUGGGAUGCAUUGCAUGCAUUAGGUAAAGUUGCAACAUUGAAGCUCUACCAUCUUUCGAGUUCGACAUUUUCUAAGAGCGGAGCGGAGCGAAAGAUCUUGGGAAUACUGGGUGGGUACCUGAGUAAAUCAAUCGACGACAAAAAUGUGGUCUAGGUUAAUAAUGCGCCGGAGGGCGACCACGAUACUACGGAAUCAAUACAGCUCUGCGAGGAAUCAAAUACAAAGAAGGACGCUGGUUGCAGCACCUAAACCCGGCGAUGGACCUCUGAUGGAAAGACGGCCCGACAGAGAACUCCCAAACAUCAACACCUUCCGGUGGGGGCGCACACUCCCCAUAUUCCUCGCGCUCAUCGCGGCCUCAAGCGUGGCCAUCUUCAACUACCAGAAGCUGUCGAGCCCGAUCGUCGCGUCGACGAUGUACGCGCUGCGCACGAACCCGCGCGCCCGCGAGCUGCUCGGCGACGAGAUCUACUUCAAGCACCAGAUCCCCUGGAUCGCCGGCGAGAUGAACCAGCUGCGCGGCCGCAUCGACAUCCGCUUCCCCGUCAAGGGCACCCGCUCCGACGCCGUCAUGCGCUUCGCCAGCUUCCGCCCCACCCCCAAGGGCGUCUUCGAGACCACCGAGUGGAGCCUCGAGACCCCCGACGGCAGGAAGAUCGACUUGCUCGAGGGCGAGGACCCCUUUAGGGCUGCGCCCGCGUUCCCCAUGGACGAGGAGGAGCGCGAGGUGGCUACGAGGGGGUUUAGGCAGCAGCUUAAGUGAGGGAGGGAGGAGAAGGUAUUGGAAGUCGGUAGAGUAGAGUGGACGACUUCAUAAAAUCAUACAUACCCUUAAU